AUGGUGACGCAGCAGAGUGAUAAUCUUCCUCAGGACGAUCCAUUGGAGAAGACCAAGUAUCUCAUCUCUGCUCUCAACUACGUCUCUCGCGACCUAACCUUGCCUUCUCACCUUUACGCUUCCGUUUCCUCCAUCUACCAUCCUCCUCCUGAUAAUCGAUUGACUCCCUAUGGAGGUGAUUUGAUGAGCGAGUUCGACGAUGCUCUUUCGAAGCAGCGACCUAACUGUGAAUCAGCCUCUCGACUUACCGAAUUCAAGGAAAUUAGGGCUAAGACUCGUAUCCAACACCGAUUAUCUCAACUUGAAGGAUUACCUUCCACUAGAGGUGAAGAAUUGCAGGAUAAAUGCUUGCUUGAGCUUUAUGGGCUUAAGCUACGAGAACUACAAUGUAAGGUUCGGGAAGAGGUGAGUGCGGAAUACUCGCUGCGUUUGAAUUGUGCACAUCCCGGAAGCCAACUAUUUGACUGGGGCAUGAUGCGCUUGCCUCACCCAAUUUAUGGGGUGGGAGAUCCUUUUGCUGUGGAAGCUGAUGAUCAGUUCAGAAAGAAGCGUGAAGCCGAGAGGUUAUCACGAUUAGAAGAAGAGGAGAAGAAUCUGAUUGAAACGACACAGAGGAAGUUCUUUGCAGAAGUACUCAAUGCUGUCCGUGAGUUCCAGUUGCAAAUUCAGGUGUCUCAGAGACGCCAUAAGCAAAGAAAUGAUGGUGUCCAGGCCUGGCAUGGACGACAAAGGCAAAGAGCUACCCGAGCUGAAAGACUAAGGAUCAUGGCGCUUAAAUCUGAUGACCAAGAGGCAUACAUGAAACUAGCAAAGGAGAGUAAGGACGAAAAGCUAACCAUUUUUCUAGAGGAGACAAACAAAAUCUUUGUUAGUUUAGGAGCUGCAGUCCAGCGUCAGAAAAAUGCAAAACUUUCAGAAGGCAUUGAACUACUGGAAGGCUCAGAAUCUGCCUUUUCUGAAGUGGAUGCUCCAUGGAAUGAAAGAUCCCCAGAUAUCGAGAUCAUUGAGUCUGACAAUAAUGAUGAUUCUAAUGACUUACUAGAAGGCGAGAGGAAGUAUAACUUGGCUAUCCAUUCAAUACAAGAAAAGGUGACGAAGCAGCCAUCCCUUCUUCAAGGUGGGGAACUAAGAUCCUACCAAUUAGAAGGGCUUCAAUGGAUGGUCUCUCUAUUCAACAACGACUAUAAUGGAAUUUUAGCUGAUGAGAUGGGUUUGGGAAAGACUAUCCAAACAAUUGCACUGAUUGCGUAUCUUCUUGAGAAUAAAGAUGUGUCUGGCCCUCAUUUGAUAUUGGCUCCAAAAGCUGUGUUACCAAAUUGGGAAAAUGAGUUUGCAACAUGGGCACCCAGCAUUGCCGCUUUUCUUUAUGAUGGACCGAAAGAGAAAAGAAAUGAGAUAAGAGCAAGGAUAGCAGGAGGGACAUUUAACGUGUUGAUGACCCACUAUGAUCUUAUCAUGAGAGAUAAAGCAUUUUUGAAGAAAAUUGACUGGAACUACAUGAUUGUUGAUGAAGGACAUCGGCUGAAGAACCAUGAAUGUGCCCUCGCAAGGACUCUAGUAACAGGCUACCGUAUUAAGCGCAGACUUCUAUUAACUGGGACGCCCAUACAGAAUAGCCUGCAAGAACUAUGGGCGCUGCUUAAUUUUCUCCUUCCUCACAUCUUUAACUCGAUUCAGAAUUUCGAAGAAUGGUUUAAUUCUCCUUUCGCAGAACGUGGUACUGCCAGUCUUUCAGAUGAAGAGGAGCUCUUGAUUAUUAAUCGUCUGCAUCAUGUUAUAAGGCCGUUUCUACUGAGAAGGAAAAAAAAUGAAGUUGAGAAAUUUCUUCCUGGAAAGACACAAGUCAUACUGAAGUGUGAUAUGUCGGCUUGGCAGAAGUUAUACUACAAACAAGUUACAGACGUAGGCAGGGUCGGUCUGCAUACGGGGAAUGGGAAAUCAAAGAGUCUGCAGAAUCUGUCAAUGCAAUUGAGAAAGUGUUGUAACCAUCCAUACCUAUUUGUUGGAGGUGACUAUAACAUGUGGAAGAAGCCGGAAAUUGUGAGAGCUUCAGGGAAAUUUGAGCUCCUUGAUCGCCUCCUUCCAAAACUGAAAAGAGCAGGACACAGAAUUCUUCUCUUCUCUCAAAUGACUCGUCUCAUCGAUCUUCUCGAAAUUUACUUGUCACUCAAUGAUUACAAGUACCUGAGACUCGACGGUACCACAAAGACAGACCAAAGAGGGAUUUUACUGAAGCAAUUCAACGAACCUGACUCUCCCUACUUCAUGUUUCUUCUGAGCACACGUGCUGGUGGUCUUGGUUUGAACUUGCAAACUGCAGACACUGUUAUUAUAUUCGACAGCGAUUGGAAUCCUCAAAUGGACCAGCAAGCGGAGGAUCGUGCCCAUCGGAUAGGGCAGAAGAAGGAAGUGAGAGUGUUUGUUUUGGUUAGCAUUGGGUCCAUUGAAGAAGUAAUAUUGGAGCGUGCAAAGCAAAAGAUGGGCAUCGAUGCCAAAGUCAUACAAGCAGGACUUUUCAACACAACUUCUACAGCUCAAGACAGAAGAGAGAUGCUGGAAGAGAUCAUGAGCAAAGGAACGAGCACACUGGGGACAGAUGUACCGAGUGAGAGAGAGAUUAACCGGCUCGCAGCUCGAACCGAGGAUGAGUUUUGGAUGUUUGAACAAAUGGACGAAGAGAGACGUCAAAAGGAGAACUACAAGACACGUCUCAUGGAAGAGAAUGAAGUUCCUGAGUGGGCUUACAGUUCACAGAGCCAAGAAGACGAGUCGAAGAGCUCAAAAGACCAUUUUGGCAGCGUCACGGGUAAGCGGAAACGAAAAGAAGUCACCUAUAGCGAUUCAUUAAGCGAGUUGCAGUGGAUGAAAGCGAUGGAGGGUGAAGAAGAUGUUUCAAAAGUCUCUCAGAAACGAAGGAGAAAAGACACGACCAACACAAAGACGCCAAUGAGUAAUGGGUUAAAGUUAUCCAACAAAACUUGCCAAGCUUUGUAA